AGUUCACAUCUAUAUAUUCCUCCUCCUCUAAGUCUGAAGAAAUUAAUUAAGAUGUGGAGCAGAGGGAAUUCCGGGCGGCGGCGCAACGCCGCCGUUGUUUUGUUCAAUUUUAUGGUUGUUGUUGUCUUGCAGCUCUACUGCUCUUCAAUGGUGUCGGUAGUAAUGGCGGCAAGAGGCUCCAAGGUGGACCAUAUCCCUGGACUUCAAUAUGACGGCCCGCUCCCUUUUGAGCUUGAAACCGGGUACAUAGGAGUUGGUGAAAAUGAAGAAGUGCAAGUUUUCUACUAUUUUGUGAAGUCCCAAACAAAUCCUACCACUGAUCCUUUCAUUUUCUGGAAAGUUGGAGGCCCCGGUUGCUCUGCUUUGUUCGCAAUUAUACAAGAAAUUGGUCCGAUUUCAAUGGAGGUUGUGAAAUAUACUGGGGGCAUGCCCAAAUUGAAAUUAAAUCCUCACACAUGGACAAAGGUCUCAAACAUGUUGUUUAUAGAUUUACCAGCGAGAGCUGGAUUCACUUAUGCAACCACCAAAAAGGCUAAUGUCUCAAGCAAUAUGAAAGAAAGUGAGCAAGCCUAUGAAUUUAUGCGCAAGUGGUUCAAUGAUCAUCCAGAAUAUUUGACCAAUCCUUUCUACGUUGGCGGAGAUUCAUUUUCUGGACUUACUGUGCCAAUAAUUACAAAAAUGAUAGCUGAUGGGAAUGAAGCAGGGACUAAACCAUUGAUUAACCUGAAGGGUUACAUACUUGGCAAUCCGGCUUCAUCUCUUAAUAAUGUACAUGAGUAUCGUAUCCCAGCUGCUUAUGGAAUGAACCUUAUUCCUACAGAUUUGUACAAGUCACUGGAGAAAAACUGUAAAGGAAAUUAUGAUCAUUUCAGCAAUGAACUUUGUGCCCAGGAUAUGGGCAAAUUUGAUCAGUUGACCAGGGGUAUAAAUCCAACUCAUAUUCUAGAGGAUUUCUGCAUACGUGUCGGUACGGGAUCAGAUGGUCUAAGAAGAUCCCUUUCUCAAAGACCUGUUUUACCCCCGGGUGAAUUUUGUUGGCAAAUGUUUUGGUACCUUAGAUCAGAUCUGUGGGCAAACAAUGUAGCUGUUCAAGAUGCCCUCCAUGUUCGAAAGGGAACAAUUGGAAGAUGGUGUGCAUGCAAUUAUACAGAUAUUGGCUACACAGCAGAUAUGACAGACGCUCUUCCCUAUCAUGCAAAUCUUACCACCAGAGGUUUAAGGGCCCUGAUUUACAGUGGUGACCACGAUUUAAUAGUGCCAACAAUGUCGACUGAAGCAUGGAUAACUUCGUUGAAUUACUCGACUGUUGACAGUUGGAGACCAUGGGCUGCACAUGAUGGUAUUAUAGCUGGUUUUACAAGAAGUUACUCCAACAAUAUGACAUUUGCCACUCUGAAGGGAUCGGGUCACAUUGCUCCAUUUUUUAGUGCUUAUGAAUGUCUGAUUAUGUUCGAGCGAUGGAUAUCUGGUCAAAAGCUCUAAAUUUGAAUGUUAAUAAUGGGAUAUUUGUUGAAGAGCUCUAGAAUUGAAUUUCCAUAAUUUUCAUUUUUGUACUUUGAAUGAAUUGAAUAAAAAGUUUAUGUAAUAAAAAACAAACCAUUUGUCCUUAUAUUUAAUAUAAUAAUUUUGUUUGUAUUUUUUAU